GCCGCCGCGGUCCGCCUGGUCUGCCGGCCCCACGCUUCUCGCUUCUCCGCGAGCCGGCUGCUCGGUAGCCGCCACCGCUCAGGUCCGGAGGCUCGCGGCGUUCCGGGCUGUCGACAUGUCGAUGCUGGCUGAGCGUCGGAGGAAGCAGAAGUGGGCUGUGGAUCCAAGAAACACUGCCUGGAGCAAUGAUGAUUCCAAGUUUGGCCAGAGGAUGCUAGAAAAAAUGGGGUGGUCUAAAGGAAAGGGUUUAGGGGCUCAGGAGCAAGGAGCAACAGAUCAUAUUAAAGUUCAAGUUAAAAAUAACCACCUGGGACUUGGAGCUACAAUCAAUAAUGAAGAUAACUGGAUUGCUCAUCAGGAUGAUUUUAACCAGCUUUUGGCUGACCUGAACACUUGCCAUGGGCAGGAAACAACAGAUUCCUCAGACAACAAAGAGAAGAAAACUUUCAGCCUCGAAGAAAAGUCCAAAAUCUCCAAAAACCGUGUUCAUUAUAUGAAAUUCACAAAAGGGAAGGAUCUAUCAUGUCGGAGCAAAACAGAUCUUGACUGCAUUUUUGGAAAAAGACAGAGUAAGAAGACUCCUGAGGAUGAUUCCAGCCCUGCCACUCCAGAUGGGAACACAUCCUCCACUACAACGACCAGUGCCUUCACCAUCCAGGAGUACUUUGCCAAGCGGAUGGCAGAGCUAAAGAACAAGCCACAGGUCAUAGCAGCAGGGCCUGACUUUGCAGAGACCCAAAUGGAAAGAAAAAAGGGAAAGAAAAGAAAGAAAGAGGCAAAAGAUAGAAAAGUGGAGACUUACACCGUACCCAAGGCCAAGAAGAAGAGACACCAAGUUGAGUGGCAGCUUGGAGACCCUUGUUGGGACAAGAAUUCUGGUGUUUCUGCCAAAAAUGGAGAAGAUUGUGUGUGGCCACCUCAUGUCCAGGACAUUACCCUAAAGUCCAAGAAAAGAAGAGAAAAGAAAAAGCUACAAAACCAAGUUGAAGUAGCUGUGGACGCUACAUUACAUGACACACCUGUGAAGAAGAAGAAGAAAAAGAAGAAAGGUUCCGAAUAAAUUCUCUUGAGCUGGGGCCUUCCAGCCACUAAAGCUGUCGGGCCCUGUGUGCAAACCCUUUUGGAUUGAAGUCAGAGCAGAGUUCACCCGAGAGAGUUUGUGCACAUCUUUUGACAUGCCCGGGGGUUGCCGAGUCUUGCCCUCUUACCACAGUUUUCCUACCACAUCUCUGGAGAACUUUCUAAUGUCCCAAAUCAUGGCUCUCAUAAACAAAUAUAUUUCUUGUUAGACUGCAAGCCCUUCAGCAUGAGUGUUGAUUCAUUUGUAUAUGAAAGCAUCGUUAUGUGUGUAUGCACGUGUGUGUGUAGGUUUGUCAUAGUCUAUAUUUGCUCUUGAUUUCUUUCAGUAACAAUGAAUUGUGCUUCCUUCUCAAGGACUUAGUCUAAUUAAAGGAUUAAGAGGCAAUA